GCCCAGGACAGACAGGAGUGGUCCCUGUGAGAGCAGCAGCUGCGGGCACCUGGGAGAGGGCGUGGCCAGCAGGAUGCGGGAGGGCCCCGUGCCGGAAGAGUCGGAGUCGGACCCGGGCUCCGGGGCGCCGUGCGCGGGCUCCUGCCACGCGCAGCGCGUCCUGCAGACCCUCAACGCUUACCGGCGGAGCGGCACCCUCACCGACGUGGUGCUGCGCGCCGGCGGCCGCGACUUCCCGUGCCACCGCGCGGCGCUCAGCGCGGGCAGCGCCUACUUCCGCAGCCUGUUCGCCGCCGGGCGGCCCGAGUGCGGCCUGUGGGUGCGCCACGACGCGCCGGCCCGCCGCGGGCAGCUGCGGCGCCUGCUGGAGCACGUGCGCCUGCCCCUGCUGGCGCCCGCCUACUUCCUGGAGAAGGUGGAGGCUGACGAGCUGCUGCAGACCUGCGGCGAGUGCCGCCCGCUGCUGCUCGAGGCCCGCGCCUGCUUCAUCCUGGGCCGCGAGGCCGGCACGCUGCGGGCCCGGCCGCGGAGAUUCAUGGACCUAGCUGAAGUGAUCGUGGUCAUCGGCGGUUGUGACCGUAAGGGGCUCCUGAAGCUGCCCUUCGCCGACGCCUACCACCCAGAGAGCAGGCGCUGGACGCCACUGCCCAGCCUGCCGGGCUACGCGCGCUCGGAGUUCGCCGCCUGUGCUCUCCGCAAUGACGUCUACAUCUCCGGAGGCCACGUCAACAGCCGUGACGUGUGGAUGUUUAGCUCCCAUCUGCACACCUGGAUCAAGGUGGCCUCACUGCACAAGGGCAGGUGGAGGCACAAGAUGGCAGUCGUGCAGGGCCAGCUGUUCGCGGUGGGCGGCUUCGACGGCCUGCGGCGCUUGCGCAGUGUGGAGCGCUACGACCCCUUCUCCAACACCUGGGCUGCCGUGGCGCCCCUCCCGGAGGCUGUGAGCUCGGCCGCGGUGGCGCCCUGCGCCGGCCAGCUCUACGUGAUCGGGGGCGCGGGGCAGGACGGCGUCAGCACGGACAAGGUGCAGUGCUUUGACCCCAAGGAGGACAGGUGGAGCCUGCGGUCCCCAGCGCCCUUCUCGCAGCGGUGUCUCGAGGCUGUGUCCCUCGAGGACACCAUAUAUGUGGUGGGGGGCCUCAUGAGCAGAAUCUUCACCUACGACCCUGGCACAGAUGUCUGGGGGGAGGCAGCUGUCCUCCCCAGCCGUGUGGAGAGCUGUGGCGUGACUGUGUGUGACGGGAAGGUCCACAUCCUUGGCGGGCGGGAUGAUCGUGGGGAAAGCACCGACAGGACCUUCACCUUUGACCCCAGCAGUGGGCAGGUGGAGGCCCAGCCGUCCCUGCAGCGCUGCACCAGCUCCCAUGGCUGUGUCACCAUCGUCCAGAGCCUGGGCAGGUGACUAAACUUGGACAGCCUGAGCCAGGGGGCAGAGAGAGAAGGGAGAACCCGGGCUCACCACUCUGCUCCCCUCCUGGCCUCCAUGUAAAUAGCCCCUUAACUUAUUGCCCCCUUUCCUUGUAGAAAUAAAACCUCGUUCAAAGGUUGGGUCUGUGUUCCGGCUCGAGCCUGCUUUGCCUGGAGAAGUAAUG